CAGCUGGUUGUCGAUAAAAAACUAUCUUUUAUACCACGAUUCUCGUGUUUUAAAUGGUAAAACGCGCAAAUAGCUGUUAAACGAGGAUAUUUACUAAAGUCCUAAAGUGUGCUAAUAGUCUUCCCAGGACUAGAGAAAAAUUCCUAUAGCGGAGAAUAUCUGUAGUAGCUGUGCUGAGCUCGUCAUUAAUGUUUGCAAUUUAUUAUUUUUCUUUAUCGAGACUCCGUUGAUAACGUUGCACGUGGUCAUGAAAAUGACGAUAGACAUCAGCGCCCCGGGAAAUCGGGCCACGAAAAUACAUUGUACGUUGGGAUUCAUUCUGAAGGUCUUAUCUCUGUGGUGUUACUACUAGCUGUGUAGCGUCCAGUGAAGUUCAACAUGACUGAACAAGAGGAGAUUAAGAAGAAAUUGAAGGAGUUAUUGGCGUUGAAGCGUAGUGGAGAAUUGGACACGAACGAGAGACUCUUUAAUCCGAAGGAUGAGAGUCUUUGGCGGGAUUCUAUUGCUUACGAUACUUUGCAAUACUGCGUGCAACAUCACGACGACGAGAUUAAAUUGAAUGCACUUGCAUUGAUAAUAGAAUCUAAGAAGAGCACUUUGAAAUUUUUCUCUAAAGAACUUGGCAUUGUUAUCCUGUUUUUGCGUAUUAAUUUCAAGGAGAAAAUAGAAUAUGUGCCAUUAAUAAAAAAGGCUCUGAAGCGAAUGAAAGACAGUCUGGCUGUGAUGAGAAGACAAUGCAGUCACGAAGAAAAAAUGAGAAGUCAUUAUGAGAAGAAUUGUGAUCUUUCAGAGAUGAAGCAACAAGUGUUGGAUACAUCUAACGCGAUAUCUGCUAAAUUAAAAGAGGACAUAGCAAUGUAUUGCAGUGCAUUUAAAUCAUUACGCGAAACAUGCAUAUGUGGACCUGAUGCAACAUAUUGUAGAAGGCGGUCUUCCUUGCAAAUAUUGCUUUUGAUGAGAGAUCUGUUAGACAAUGAGUUCCAGCAUAUUAGCUGGACGGCUGAGCAAACGAAAGCCUUGUUUGAUCUAAUGAUAUUGGAUACAUAUGAAGUUAACAAAGAAAUGGCUUUUAAUUUAAUAAAGUCAGUAGAUCCAAUUUUGUUACAGCUAGAUAAUGAGAGUAAUGUUCUUGAUCUUGUUACAGUUGCCAUAGAACUAGGUAACAGUAUCAGACCAAUUGAUAGCAUUACAUCUGCAUACAUGUUGAAAGUUUGCAUGUUAUCUCCUGUCAUACAGAAGGUUCUUAAUACUUUAUUCGGUAUAAGAAAGUGGUCUGAAAAUGUGGAAGAAGCAAUAGCACUGCAAUUGAUACUGAUUUUGUUAAAGAGGUUGAAGGAAUCCCUGAUUCUUGCAAGAGAGAAUAUAGUAAUGACAGUCACUAAGCAUUCUCUGUAUGGCUACCUUUUCUGUAUUAGAAGUUUACUGCAAGAAUGCAAUUUAAGUAAAGCAGGCAAAGAACUUUUAUGGGAAGACACUGUAGGUGAACUUAUAGCUGUGUGCUUUGAGUAUAGUGAUGCAGUGUCUGUGAUAGUUAACAAUUCUUCGCCAGAAGGACAUCUGCCAAUGGAUCUUAAUUUACAAACUAUUCAGGAAAUAUGUGGUUCAUCGCCUGAAAAAGAAAUAGUAACUCCACAAAUGGUGUUACUUUGCUCUUGGCGUACUGUGAAAGAAGUUAGCUUACUGUUUGGCUACCUUGCCACUAAUGCCCCCAUAUGCGAAAAUGAUCUGUCUGUAGGACUUUUAAAUGAAGAGCAAAUCAUUAGGAUAGGAGAACAUUUGGUUACUUUGCUUACUGAAACAAAGCACAGAGGAGCAUUUGAACAGGCGCAUGUAGGAUUCAGCCAACUCUGUAAGCGCCUCUGGCGGUUAAAUAAAGGAAAUUUAAACGAGCUACCGAGAAUAUGGUUGCACCAAAUUCUCAUUGCAAUCACAGGCAUCAAACAAGAGAAUCCCAAGCUAUGUGCGACCAGAAGAAGCGCAGGUGUACCAUUCAUGAUACAGGCAUUGCUAUCUACAGAACUUCGUCAACAUAAAGAUACAAAAACCACAACCUUCGAUUCUGUAAUGAAAAUCUUGUUGGGAUUCACGCAAUUAGAAGGUGGAGAUCUAUGGAAAACUAUAAAAACAUUACUAUAUACAGAUACAGUAUUCUCAGAAUACGAAGAUACAUUUGAAUCCUUAACUACUGAUGAUGACGGUCACCAUGCGGAAGGGAGUAGUACUAAAGUUACAGAAAUAAAAACUCAUGCUCUGAAUAUUUUAAGAGCCAUUUUCCGACAUUCCGGUCUUGCCGAAGUUGUAAAUAAUUAUGUAGCAGAUGGAUUGAUAGCGGCGUUUAAGAGUUACGACGCUUUAACAUGGGCGGAACGAAAUGCAGCGACGUUGCUAUUUAGUGCGCUCAUCAUUAGAAUAUUUGGGGUUCAGAGGACAAAAGACCAUAUUAAUCUCACUACGGAUAACAAAAUGAACUAUAGAGUCUUUUUUGAAAAAUAUCCGUACUUGUUACCCUUCAUUCUGGAUGAAUUACAGUCAUUCGUGGUGAUGAAUGAAACUAUUAUAAAGACAAACGUGCAAUCUAUUUUACUUCUACUGUCACGGUUGUAUUUUAGUCAUAGUUGUGAAGCCUCGGAUAUUCAGUGCAAAAUUACUAAUCUUAUUGGAUUGGUUAUGCAAUGUGCUAAAAGUGAAGUGUAUGAAACCCGUAAAUUAGCUGCUAGAGCAUUGGUAGCACUAUUGACGGAUCAGUCUGUGGGAAAUAUUUUAAAGGAAAUUAUGGAAUAUGUGAUAUCUGCUGAGAAAGGUCCUCCAUCUUUGAAUUUGAUACAUGGUUACAUGUUACAGAUAUUUGAAAUAUUGAAACACUUCAGCCAUGAGCAACUCCAACCAUUUUCUAUAGACUGGAACAGAUUCCUAACAAGCACUGGUUGGAUUUUAAAAAAUUUGGAGAGGGAAAACCAAAAUCCGCCAUGUUUCUUAUUAGCUACAGUAUACAUAAACGUUUUCAAUAAAAUAUAUGAAGCUGACAAAGUGCACCUGGCAGAAGAAGUUCCUAUGCUACAUACACUGUUAUCGCAUUUAAUUAAAUACAAGAAACUAAAGCAGGGACCUGCACGAGGAGAUUAUAAGAUUUCUCUCAUCAGGUCCAUAAGAACUGUAUUUAGAGAAAGGCAAUUAAUUCAAGAAAAUAUAGCAAUAAGAAUAUAUUUUCAUUGCUUAAUUACACCGGAGACGCAAAUCGUUGCGUGGUCGACGGUUGUAAACGUUAUUAACGAAAUAACGCACGACGAUGCAUCAGUAUUGUUGAUAAAUUAUGGGACAGAAAUAAUCUGUAAUUCAGUUCACGACCUUAAUCGGUACAGUCCAGAACUACAAGACGCCAUGUUCAACUUUCUGUACAACAGCUUGAUGCAUCCCGAUCGUUUUGGAUCAUCGAGUUGUUGUAAAGUAACGGAUAUUUGUAAAUUUGUUUUAAACGAAUUACGAUUGAAUGAUAAUAAAUGCAGUUAUCACGAAAGGGAUUCUUAUUUGAGAUUGCUCGGAAAAUCGUACGUAACUCUAGCCUCUUUUAACGAGGCGCAAGAAAUCGAUCUGGAAUGUACGGAAGAGGUGUACAAUAAUUUUUGCGACAAUUUUUGGGUCGCCUCUUUGGAUGCAGAUUUCAAAAGAUCCGUAAUGCAAAUAAUGCAAGAUCUUUUUUUACCUAGCUGUAAACGCGAUGAAUAUCGAUUUGCCCAGGUUCAAUGGUGGACAACUGUAUUGCAAUUGUUGCUCGAUAAUAAUUCGGAAGUCCGACGCCAAGCAUUCGAAUUGGUUAAAAGUAUUCAAGUAAAUUGUUCUUUACCUAGCGAAUCCGGCGUGGACUUGUUUCUGAUCAAAUUCUAUGAAUAUAUGCAUCGCAAAAAUCCUGAACUUCUGUGCGCCGUUCUGUUCUAUUGGAGUACUUCGUUGCUGGAUGACGUAGAAUACGAAAUGGACGACACGGACGUGUUCAAUAAGUGUACGAACUACGAUUUCUUCGAGCCCGUCGAAUUAUCGAAAGCAUGUGCCAAACUAUUCUCGGAGCACUUGAAAUCGUUCGCGGACAACGCGCUGCCCGAGGACAUUUUGAUUUGGAUAAGUUCCCGCGUAAAUAUCGACAUGCCCGAGUCGUCGUCGUUCAAGAUUCUCUUAGAAAAUUACGGAAAUCAUAUGUCUCCCCUCGAAAACGGGCUAUACGAUAUCCUAGACCCGACGUACAAAAACAAAUUGUUGCAAAUUUUAAUGUACAAAGAAUAUAAAGAUAUGUUACCGUAGCGUUACAGUCGAUGCUCCUCCGCACAAUUGAAAGUCGACCGUUAACUGUAUUACACAGCUUGUAUCUUGUCCACGCAUCGAAUAAA